UGAAGCGGCAAACCGGUUUUACCUAGUUCUCUAUAUACCGUGGAUGUUUUCAUGGCGCAGGAAAAGGGCGGGACAAGUUUGGUAUUUUUCUUGUAGUAUUUCUUUAACUGCUAAGAAAGGAGCUAAAAAUAUUAAGCUAGCUUUAAGAUGAGGAGUGUUCUAUUUUGAAGGGACAGAUGCUGAAAAAUACGAAUUAAAAUUGUACUAAUAUUUUUUUUAAUUGAAAAGAAAUAUACAGUCAAGGAAUACGUAUACACCUUACGUGCGAGAAUCCUUCACCGAUCGUGGUUCCCGGCAAAUUCCCGUGGUGCCCGGUUGGAGCUCCUGCUAAAUUUUCAAUCGGUUUUUUGAAGCAUUUCUUGCCUUUCCCAAGCGUAAAAGUCAGAAACCAUGUCUGCCGACAAGGACGAGCUGGUGCAGCGGGCCAAGCUGGCCGAGCAGGCCGAGCGCUACGACGACAUGGCCGCCGCCAUGAAAAACGUCACAGAGACCGGUAACGAGCUGAGCAACGAGGAGCGCAACCUGCUCUCGGUGGCUUACAAGAACGUGGUGGGCGCGCGGCGGAGUUCCUGGAGGGUCAUCUCCUCCAUCGAACAGAAGACGGAGGGCAGCGAGAAGAAACAGCAGAUGGCCAAGGAAUACCGCGAGAAGGUCGAGAAGGAGCUGCGCGAGAUCUGCAACGACGUACUCAGCCUGCUCGAUAAGUUCCUGAUCGCCAAGGCUACCACGGCCGAGUCGCAGGUGUUCUACCUGAAGAUGAAGGGCGACUACUUUCGCUACCUGGCCGAGGUGGCCACCGGCGACGCUCGCAACACGAUCGUCGAGGACUCUCAGAAGGCCUACCAGGACGCGUUCGAGAUCAGCAAGAGCAAGAUGCAGCCGACGCACCCGAUCCGGCUGGGCCUGGCCCUCAACUUCUCCGUGUUCUACUACGAGAUCCUCAACUCGCCCGAGAAGGCGUGCCAGCUGGCCAAGCAGGCGUUUGACGAUGCGAUCGCCGAGCUGGACACGCUCAGCGAGGACAGCUACAAGGACUCCACCCUCAUCAUGCAGCUGCUGAGGGACAACCUAACACUCUGGACCUCCGACGCCCAGGGCGAGGGCGAAGAGCCUCAGGAGGGUGGCGACAACUGAGAGCGAGCGAGCGCGCGAGCGGUGGAGUGCCAGUGACUUCUGAGGUUGUGUAUGCGUGAGACGGCUACAGUGACGACGCACGCGGCCGGGCGGCGUUCGGGCACCGACUGGCGCCGCGCGCGCGCUGCCGCCACCGCGCGGCGCGCGCGCGUGAGCGUGUAGGUCAUUCCAUUGCACGUGUUAUGUCAGUGUAACAGUGCUUGUGUUGCUAACACCUGUAAACUUUGCUCAGCAGCGCGGGCGGCCCGGCCCGGCUGUGCGGCUUCUCUCCGUCAUUCUGUCCGGACGGCGGCGCGGCGCCGAGCCGAUAUCUGGCGGCGCGUCUGCCCGCCCGCCCGCCGCGCACCGCCCGGACCACCGUGAAACCCAGCGAGCUGCGAGACCGUCGCUUGGAGACGAAUUACAUUGUAACAUGCCCUGUGUGUUAUGUUUGGUGUUACAAUAAUUGUGACUUUCGGCACGUAAUUUAUUCUGAAGCUUAUUCGCCGGUAGUUGGUAAUUUAUCGGGUUUGCUCCUCUCGGAACUGAUAAAAAUAAAAGCUAAAUUGUG